UCUGUAAUGUAUGAGUAUGAUCUAUGAUGUAUCCCCUUCCCCGAACCCAAAUCUGGUAUUGGUAAAAGUAAAACCCUAAAUGCGCUAAACCCAUUUUCUCUCACUCCAUCAAUGGCAUCGCAAAUCCUCCUCCGCACGCGCUCCCUCUUCCCCAAGCACCCCUCUCUCCUCAAAACCAUCACCACAUUCCCCUCCCUCUCGCAGGAGCCCCAGCUAGCGGACCCCACCCCGCUCCCUCCCAACCCCGCCACCGGAAGCCCUCUCUACCACCAGAACUGGCGCAACCCAAUCCCCUCCGCCGGCUCCAACGCCCUCGCCCCCCUCGGCUCCCACCGCCGCGACGACUCCGACUCCCGCACCCUCCUCGACACCUUCGCCAACUCCAUCGCCUCCCAGGACUGGGCCCAAGUGAGGGACCACUUCCAGGCCUGGGUCCACUCCCUCGACAAGCACGGCAAGCCCAAUAGCCCCGAUGUUGGCCUCUUCAACCACUACCUCAGGGCCAACCUCAUGCUCGGUGCCUCCGCCGCUGACCUCCUUGAUAUCCUCGCCCAGAUGCCCCAAUUCGGUGUUGCCCCCAAUACGGCGUCGUAUAACCUCGUCCUCAAGGCCAUGUGCCAGGCCAACGAAACCCUCGCCGCUGAUAAGCUCCUCCAACGGAUGCUGCAGACAGGAAAUGAAGCUCAACCUGAUGACGAAUCAUAUGAAUUGGUCAUUGCAAUGCUCUUUUCCACAGACCAGUUCGAUACUGCAUUCAAAUAUAUAGAUUUAGCUUUGAAAUCUGGUUGUGUGUUGUCAAUGAAGAUAUUUAUGGCCUGUGUGCGGAGAUGUGUCAAUAAGGGAAGGCUUGAUACGUUGGUGACAAUAAUUGAAAGGUGCAGGACAACUGAUCAAAACAAAGCUCUUUGCCCCCAGUGGGACUGGUGCAAUUUUAUUGUUGAAAUUGCAACUCAAGAGGAUAAUAGCAAGUUAGCUUUUUAUGGCCUGGAGUUUAUGGCUAGAUUGAUUGUAAGGGGUGAACGUGAAAAACCCCCUAUGUUUAUUUCUGUAGAUGAAGGUUUAGUUCUGUCUGCUAUUUUGACUGCUGGUAGAACCUAUAAUUCCGAGCUGUUAGUGGCAUCAUGGGCUGUUUUGGACCGUUCCUUGCGUAAAAAGAAAACUCCUAAUCCAGAGUCAUAUCUCGGAAAGAUAUAUGCCCUUGCAUCAUUGGGGAAUCUACAAAAGGCUUUUGGUACUCUGAAUGAAUAUGAGUCAGUUUAUGGAGACUCCAGUCAAGAAGCUGAAGACUUGUUCUGCCCAUUUACCUCAUUACAUCCAUUGGUUGUGGCAUGCUCCAAGAAGGGUUUUGAGACUCUAGAUAAUGUUUAUUUUCAACUGGAGAAUUUAAAUCGUGCAGAGCGACCUUAUAAAUCUCUUGCUGCACUAAAUUGCAUCAUUUUAGGAUGUGCAAACAUAUGGGAUCUUGAUAGAGCUUACCAAACUUUUGAAUCAAUUGGAUCUACUUUUGGGUUGAGCCCUGAUAUUCAUUCAUACAAUGGACUGAUGCAUGCCUUUGGAAAGCUCAAGAAGACCCAUGAAGCUUCAAGGGUGUUUGAGCACUUAGUCAGUUUGGGUCUCAAGCCUAAUGCCAAAUCUUACUCUCUGCUUGUUGAUGCCCACCUGAUUAACCGUGAUGUAAAAUCUGCCCUGGCAGUGAUUGAUGAUAUGAGAGCUGCUGGAUUUGAACCAUCAAAAGAGAUGCUAAAAAAGGUCAGACGGCGAUGCAUGCGAGAAAUGGACUAUGAAAGUGAUGACCGAGUGCAAUCACUGGCCAAUUCUCUGAAUUAUAGAAUGGGUGCAGAAUCCCGGCGAGACAUUCUGUUUAAUCUUAAUUACAGUCUGGGUUAUGCUUGAUGGCAUAUCUUUUAUUGCAUCCAUUUCCAAGGAAAUCGCUCUGUAUAUUAGUGGAUGCCGCUCAGGUUGCCGGGUCAGGAUGAUACAAGCACAGCUUCGUGCAAUCUUUAUUUUUGUAUUUAUGUGUUUAUGAAGCGGGGGAGGGUGUUGAAGAUGGAAUUAACUUUCUUGUGAAAGUCCAAAGCAGUGAAUUUUUCAGCAAAGUUAUUCGAAAUAAUUGUAGUACUGAUCCAAUUUUAGUAGAGGAUGGAAUCAAGGUUACACUUCUCAUGCUUACUUUCUUGUCCUGUUUUUUUGGCACUAUCUAUUUUUAACAACCUGGUGUUGGCAACGACUAGAAGGCGCAAGGAUUUGGAAACUUCUUUUAUGGUGCUGUGGUUGUAUUAAAUUCUACUGCAAAUAAUGGAAACAUUUUCAACGAAACGCUCGUUUCGAUAAUUUGUCAAAUAAGAGUUGUUAAUGUAAAUAUGUUCAAAGGAUGUGAUGUGUUUGGAAAUAUUCACCUAAAAACACUGAACUUCAGUUGUUUGGAUGCGAUUGAUUAAAUA